GAAUUGUGUUGUUCUAGAAUUAUGUUGUUCGAGAAAUGCACGUAGCACGCACGCAGACGUACAUGGCGAUGGAAAGACGAUUUUCUGGCUUCCGUCUGUUAUUAUUUUUCUUUAUUGGUGUUAUUUGUUUCUUAUGAAUUGAAGUUCACUGCUGCAAUCAAAGCUUGAGCUCACUUUUGCAGGCGCUCAGAUGCCUCCACGUUCGUAGCCAAAAGCUCGGACAGAGCCCGCCUUCCACACAGAAGAGCCACCUGGAAAAGGAAACCCAGUGUGCUGCUUCUGCACGUCUCGCAAGCCUCUUCCGUCCCUCGCAUCUCCUUAUUCCAGUGCCCCCGAAAGCCUCCUCUCGCUCUGGCCCUAUGCCAUCAAUCUCAUCAAAGCCUUAGCCUAAUCUUAAUGCCCUGGUUUCUUGUCCACCACAUUUACCUUGCCUUGCCUCACCCGUCAUCUCGUUGACAUUCUCUUUACUGAUUCUUUUUGUUGCCCUGGGGUUCAUUUCUUACUGGAUCCUGUCACUGUAAGUAUUGGAAGGUAUUUUUGAUACAAUUUUGACGCUCUUGGCGAGGUGUUGUCGAGGUUUUGUGGAGUUCGUCUCGGAGAGUGCUCGGAUCAAAAAGAAGGUGGAUUUUGGGCGUUGCUGCUGCUGCUGCUGACGCUGCCGCUCCUGGGCAAAUCUUAAAAAGUCUUUGGGCGCGUACGAGACGUAGUGUGUUUUAAUUUGCUCAGCUCACAUGAAGAGAUUAAUAUCACACAAGGACCAUGAGCCUACCUCAUACACCGAGGAGGAAGCCAGGGUCAAUGAUUUGAGGACAGCGUUGGGACCACUUACUGGACGCGCAUUACAAUAUGCUACAGAUGAUUGCCUCAGGCGGUAUCUUCGCGCCCGUAAUUGGAACGUCAAGAAAGCAGAGAAGAUGCUGCAAGAAUCAUUAGCAUGGCGAGCAUCGUUUAAGCCAGACGAAAUCCGUUGGGAGGAUGUUGCCGGCGAAACGGAGACGGGUAAAGUAUAUAGAGCGGUUUGUAAAGACAAACAGGGACAUUCCGUCUUAAUUUUGCGCCCGGCAAAACAGAAUACAACAUCACGGGAGGGCCAAAUUAAGCAGCUCGUUUACAUGAUGGAGAAUGCGAUAUUGAACCUACCAUCGGGUCAAGAGGAGAUGGUUUGGUUGAUUGACUUCCAUGAGUGGAGUUUGAGUAAAUCAAUUCCUGUCAAAACGGCUCAAGAAACUGCUAAAGUUUUGCAAAACCACUACCCGGAACGAUUGGGCAUUGCAAUUUUGUACAACCCUCCUCACUAUUUUGAAGCUUUCUGGCAGAUCGUGAAGCCAUUCUUGGAUCCAAGGACAGUUAAGAAGGUGAAGUUUGUGUACAGCACGGAUGCUGCAUCUAUGAAACUUGUGAACAGCCUCUUUGAUAACAGCCAGCUGGAGGAACUACUUAGAGAGGAAAACUUCAACUUGGAGGAGUACUCAAGACAGAUGCGGCAAGAUGACGCCAAGUUUGGAUUAAGGAGAAAGCUAGCAGAUGAACGUCCAGAAGCAGCCUGAGCCAUGCUAUUGAAGCCUUCUAUGUGGGUCCAAUGACAACUGCUGCUGCUGCUGCUUCUCCGAGCGAAGUUUUCGUGUUAAAGAUGCCAAGCAUUGUGAGAAGCUAUCCCCUACUGAUGGUACAUCAUAUCAACCUAGCACUUCCAUUGAACUUUGCAAUUGUCCUCCGAAAUCUAAAUGAUCUAUUCUUAUUUGGUAAAAUUGCCGACUUCACACUGAAUGUGGCAUUCAGUGUUGCAUACAUGUUAAUUUAAUCCCUGUCAGAAGAGAAUUGUCGCUUCAAUA